AUGGGUUUUUGCAUCUUUUGUAACAUUUUGAUUUCUCUGGUGCCUUAUUCCUUCUCAAUGCUGGCACUCACAUACCCACAGGGAACUGACAGGAAGUCAGCCUUGGGAGUGGGGACGCAUGGGCGAUGCUUGAACGUGCAUGUGGGCACACGGGGAGGCUGGUGUCAGUGGGUGGGCAGGGGACUCCAUGGCGUCCUCAGCUGGAGCCACGCAGGAACUGCACAAAUCCGUACAAAGUUAAUUCUGGCCGUGAACAUCCCGCAGACUCAUCCUUCCUCAUCUGAGCUUUCCUUCCUUCUCCCUCUUCUGUCUCCGCCUUCUCCUAACGGUGCUGCUGCUGCUGCUAAGGUGCCCAGAGUCCAGAAUGCCCAGUAA